AUGUUCGCCGUCGCUCGAAGGUCAUUGUUUGUCGCACCCCGCCUUGCGCGUGGGUACGCCGAAGCCGCGUCCGAGAAGCUCCGUCUUUCGCUCGUGCUCCCUCACGAGGUCCGUUCAAGCACCGCUCACUUCGUCUUGUGCGGUCCAGCUUACUCGACCGAUCCCGUGAUGUGCCUCAUAGACCAUCUACAACAGCCAGGAUGUCGUUCAGGUUCGUUCGCUCGAACACAAGUCGAACCGGGCGAUGGAGCCUGAGUUUGCGACCAUCAUCCUCCCGUUUGGCUCGGUUGCUGACCUGCAUCGAGUUUGUGCACUUCGAUCCGUAUCACAGGUCAACCUUUCGGCCGUCAGCGGUGAUAUGGGCAUGUAAGUGAAUGGGCCAGGUGUGGCUCUUGGCCGAUUGGGUCAGCGCCGGGCGAUCGUCGCUCGUCGCAGGCCCAGGCCACGGUGACCGCAUCCUCGAGUCGGGCGGGCCAUUUCCCAAAAGGCCCCGAGCAUGCUCAUCGACUACAUGCACUACGAUCCACGAUCGCAUCUCGACCGAUGUCAAGUAGCCGCUGGGUGUUCCGCGCUUGCCCAGACCCCAUCACUGACCACGCACGCUUACCCGCACUCGCGCGGACCAUCAGUCUCGCCAACCACGUGCCCAUCAUCGAAGCUCUCGCUCUAGGCGUCCUGGAAGUCAUCGAGGGCUCUUCCAACGAGACCAAGAAGUGGUUCGGUGAGUGACAUCCAUCCCGCAGCGAAACGAAGGACCAGGCGUGUCGGCAUCAAUUGGAGAAACCAUUCUGGCUGCAUCGCUCGCCCCAAUCUCAGCAAGCUCUGCAUUACUGAUUGCUGUCCUUCCCCCCAUCUACUUCCUUGUGCGACCGCCUCAAUCGUAAAUUCGUCGGAUCAACUUGUCCAGUCUCCGGAGGGUUUGCCAACGUCCACCCCAACAACUUGCUCACCGUCAAUGCCGUCGAGGCUUGUAAGUCUCAGCGUGCGGGCGAGCAUGGAUGGAAAAUAUGCAUCUUUUCUAGUACGGAAGAGCGCAGUCACUCAUGGCCAACAUGCAUCCGUUUCGUCUCGUUCUUGUCACAGAUCCUUUGGACGCCUUCUCGCCCGAGGUCAGUCCCCGGAUCACCGACGUUGCCGCUCCAAGUGCCUCACUUGGAUCAUCUCUAGUAUGCUGAUCUCCGUCCCCACAGGCCAUCCGAUUGGCUCUUUCCGAGGCUCAACGUGUCGCUUCCGGUUCGGGUGAUGCGGCUGAGAAGGCCGAGGCUCAAGUCGAGGUCGAGGUUUACGAGGCCCUGCAAACCGCUCUCAAGGCUUAA